UGCUUGGGAAUGCUCGCUACACAUACGUAACACUCGUGCCUGUCACCGACCAUCACCGGUCUUUAUAUUUCUUCAAUUUAAAAGCUCCAGAUAUAUCUUCCGAACGAUAGCAUUAGUGAAAAACUGAUUCAAUGUCCUCAAGCUUCCAGGAUAAAAUGGCGGCCUUCUCACCGCCGAAGCACACUUCCGGCUUCCUGGUGGCCCCCCGGGUGCCCCAGGGUCUCGCAGCAGCAGUGGAGGGUCUGACCCGAGAGGUGAUUCGCAACAAACCCGAGGACAUCUACGUAUUCGCAGCGCGUCACUUCGAGAAUCUUCUCCAGCUGCGCGAGCAGUAUGAAACAAGCGGGACACCCCUGGAGCGGGAUUCCCGGGCCCUCCGGGACAUGGGACUGACCCAUUUAACUUCCCCGGAGGGUCGAAAAACCUCGACUCAGGCGCGCCUCGAGGCGGAGCGCAGUGGCUGGUCCCUGAAUCAAACCGCCAAAGUCCUCAAGCGUCACCGGAGCAUCAUCGCUGACUCUCCCACCUCCCAGGACCCCUUCCACCCCAGCACCGACUACCAUCCACCCUCCAGUGCUACUCCACCCCACCACACGUGCUCGAAAACCCCGAAGAAUGCCCGACGACCCUCGAAGCCCUUCGAGAGCUCCCCCUCAUCAUCUCAGUCCGGUGAAUCCGAGGCUCGAACGACCCCGAAGAUCCUCUCCAGGAUAUCCACGGAGAUGACGUCACGAGACAUAAAAAACGAGCUCCGGAAGAACAGAAUCAGCAGCAGAGAACGAAGACCAAAGCCCAGAAAACCAGAGGCCGAAGACGUUGGACUGAAAAUUGAAGGGUUCAACACGUCGGAGUCGGUCGAGGCCCAGAGGAAAUCCUCGAAGCGAUCAUCAGACAAGUCAAGACGGUCAGAGGAUCGAAGGAAAGAUAAACAAAAUGGGGGCAGCUUCGGUGAGGAUAAAAUGUCGAGAACGCCGAGUAUGGACAAGGUGAAAGAUUACGUAGUGAGGAAGUUCUCGUCCACGAAGAGCUUGGACGAGCUUCAGUCCGUGGACUACGUGGAGAAGGUCCAGAGUAUCAUUGACUCGACAGAGCCCAUAAUCCGGGAGAAGAUCGAGGAGUUGAAGACUGAAAUGGUGAACUCGAGAAAGAGAUCAAACGCUUCAGAGUCGAAAAUUCCCGAUUUCCCUCCGGCACCUCGAGACAUCCUCGAGACACGAUUGAGCGAUACGCAGAGGCUGUUGGAGAGUGUCUCCUCGGAGCUGUCAAAGCCUCCAGGUCGUUCUCGGUCAGCAAGAGCCUUGAGGAGAAUCAGAAGUAUCUCGAUGAUCUCCACGGAGGACAUCAACGGCGGAAGCCGCGAGAGAAACGAGGAGUUCGUGAUCUCCGAGCUUCUGAUAUCCAAUGGCCAGCGAGAUGGCCUCGACGUGAGGAUCAAGGACCACCCCAGUGUCCUGGAGGAUCGCAAAUAUCGCAGGUCCCACUCGGCAAAAGGGAGCAGAAGGAACCGGAAUAUUUUCGAACCUGAGAAGAUCCCAGACAAUGUACCCCAGAGCGAAGUACUCGAGUCGAUGCUCAACGAGACCAGGAGCAUCCUCACGGGUAUUUCCACGUCCUUCUCCUGCCAAAAUGGCCACAGGAGGUCCAGAGGUAGCGCCAGUGUCUCGUCCUCAUCGAAAUCGGAUGAGGCUGACCCCCAAGAGAUUGUGGGAGAGUCCAAAGUAUCUCUCCCAGAAGUUCGUCCCAAAUCCUCCAAAAGCACCGCCAGGAGCGUUCAAAAAAAUAAUCUAGGGGAUAUCGUCCUGCCAGCGAUAUCUCCAGAGGCCCCACGAUCGGCGAAAAUCAAAGAAGAACUGGUCCUCCCAGUGUUAUCCCCUGCAAGCGCUUCGAGGGACCCUGAAAUCCCAGAACUCCCCGUCGAAGAGGUCUUCAAGGACAGCCUCAAUGUCACCCCAGAGCCCCUCGACUUCCAACGGCCGGACUCCCUGGAACCCGAAGAGAUGAUCGAGGACAUCGAACCGCCGACAUCGGAAUUGAAGCAGAAGCUGUUAGAAAUCCACGAAGCGGAGAAGAAGAUCGCCAAGGUCUUCAGGAGUGAAUCAAUCCCAGCUCCUCAGGAGAUCGAACCCACGGAGUCUGAUGAUGAGCUGAAGAGAAAGCUCAUGGAGCUGAUGGAAGCCGAGAGGGAGAUCGAACUCGCCCUGGAUGGUGCGAAGAAAUCAGUAUCACUUGAUGAAGUAUCUACCAGCCAGCGGGAAUCAGAUCAACCUGGGGAUGAGGCUGAGAGGUUGAAGGCAUCAUUAAGAAUGUCAGGAGACCCUGAGGUCCCUCAGGGCUCUCCUCACACAUACGUUCUGACUGAAGGUUCACCCUACGACAUCCCAGAGUCCGUAACGACGGUAAUAAUUCCGGAGCACGUGCCCUCUCCUGUACCUGAUGACAAUACGUUACCUCAGGUUCUCGAGGAGCCUGAGAACUCCACUAAAUUCAAAGAUCCUUUCGCGUCCUUCGGGGAGGAGAUUAUUCCCGAGGAGCCGAAGGACUCCCUGAUCAACCUGAUCCCGAGGAAGCCGGAGAUAAUCUCCAAAAAACCUGAGAUAACAAUUCCAAAGCAGAACCUCCAAUGCAUCAACGAAGAAGAGGACCUGGAAGAGGAUGAAACUGGUGAUAAUGGGACCUCAGAUCCCCCGACGAGCUUCCUGGAUGUCGAAGAGGAAACGCACGACCCGAAGUCAAUGGACGUUUCCGACGACUUCGGCCGGCCCGAGUGUGUCUCGAUGUCUUCAACAUCUGCGAAGGAGACCAGCAUCACUGACGGACCCAUAGGGACUCCAAAGGACCUUCCGGACUCCGGGGAGGAGGUCAGUACAGUAUCGGCGAGUGUUGAAUCCUCGAACGAAGCGAAGGAGACAACUCUCACCGACGGAACGAGCUUCUCCAUCGAUCCCACGAGACCCUUCGUCCCGGAACUGAAUCUGGAUUCUCUCCAGGACAUCACUGUAUCGUCCUUCAAGAUGACUGAGGACGAGUAUGAACCUGGGGACAAUGAGAAUACCAAUUCGUUCACGGAGACCUUGACGCCUGAUGAGAGGGACAGAGGAAGACGCGGGGAGGAGGGACUGGAGGCUCUUGAGGAUGGUGAUGAGGACCCGAGUGGUGUGUCAGAGUCACUGGGGGUCAGGGAGGAUGAGGAGGAUGGAAAACUGGAGACUGGUGAGGAAGCUUGUGUUCAGGAAUUUGUAGAAGUCAGGGAGCCCCUGUGUGAGAAGAAAGUUGCCUAUGUCACUGGGCCAAAUGAGGAUCCUGAAGAUGGGGAGAAGGCAGAAGGUGGUGAAGCAUCUCAUGAAGAUGCCCCUGAACAUCCUGAGGAAGACCUGGCAAAGGUGGGUGCGGGGUCAGAUGUAGAUAAAGAAGGGAAGAUUGAUGAGGAGAAGGAGUCGGAAAGCGAUCAGGGAACUGAGAACUUCACGGAGGAAGACACUCCCUUGGCUGUGUCCAGGUCUGCUAGCCAGUGCACCACGAGGAGAGUCAGCUCUGGGAAUUUAGCGAGAGUGAAGGACUCCCGGGUGGAGGAGGACGAGGAAGGGGGCGAGGGUAGGACUGAAGAGACGAGGGUGAAGUUCUUGGGGGAGGACGAGCCUGGGGAGGUGCCAGGGGAAGAGAUCGAUCUAGCAGCUGUGGGGGAUGACGCUGAGGACGAUCGAGAGAGGAUGGAGAGCAAGGAGUAUCAUAUUUAUGUUCCCGAGUUGGAUCAGAGCGAGGAGUCGACGACAGAAUCGAGUUUCAAUUCAGCAGCAACGAAAAUUCAAGCAGGUGUCAGGGGUUUCCUGACCCGGCGUAGGCUCCAGCGAAUGCACCACUUGAAUUCAACUCUCAACGGGGUGCCAUCGAUUCAAGACAGUAUUGUGAUUGACGAGCGUCCCCUGGAGUACCUGGACGUCCCAGAAAAGGACCUCCUGCAUCUGGAGGAUGCGGCGACAACAAUUCAGAGUAACUUCCGCGGUUACAAAGCUCGAAAGCGUCUGCGUCGAGAGGAUGCUAUGCAGAGAACCACGAUCUCCAUGGAACGAGCCUUCGGAGAAGAUGGCUUGCGUCACACUGGAGAAUUCCACGAUUGCAUUCCCCUCCCCCUCCUGGACUUUCCUCCAAGGAUUCUCCCUGCCGAAUGCCCACCGAAUAAACCCAAUGUAGAGGAGAAAACGUCGAAGCAAACAGUGGGAAUGAUGUUUGAGUUAGCUCCAGGAGUUCCAAUUCUCCAGUUUGGUCUUCCUCCGAAGAUCACCAAACUAGUGGAUCUCGUCGUCCUCGCGAAAGACGAGAAUGCAGUCGAGACUGGAUAUCUGAAUUUUAUAACAAGUGUUGAGGAUGCAGUGAGUUCUCCAGCGCCAGCUGACGGUUUUUUUAAACCCCCAGCGACCCCUGGAAGUGACGCCUCUGGAGAAAGCACAAGAGAAUUCGUAGAAUUGAGUCCAAGAAAAGGAGUGAUAAUCGAAGAAAUUACGAGUUUGGAAGAAGCUAAAAUUCUGAGUGAAAUGAAGGCAAAGGAAAUUUCAAAGACUCCAGCGACUCCAUCUACUUCAGAAGCUCCAGCAGAUUCGGAAAAAGAUAUUGAAGAGCUUCAGUCGACGAACGAGACUUCAGAAACAGCAGAACAAGAGACAUCAAAUCCUCCAGAGAAAGAAUCUGGGGAAGUCUUGGAGAAGCCUGGAAUCGAUAUCGCAGGAGCACUGGAGGCUCCUCUAUCCACUCUAGGGUUUCCCAUGAAGGAGGGGAAACUCCUGCGAUGUGAGUCUGAAGACUCCGUGGCAUCGCACGACAGGAGGCCUCUGCUUGAAGUGACCUUGGCCCCUGGAUAUCCGAUGAAGUCGUUGAGCCUCUCUCAAGAGAGUCAACUGGCUGGAGAAAGGAUCGAGUCUCCCAUUACGAUGAUGCAGAUUGUUCCAGGAAGGGGGCCAUCUCUUCUCCAAGAUGAUUCUGGAGAAAUUAUCGCUGGAGAGGAUAAGAAGGAAGGGGUGGAGUCUUUGGAGGGACAAGCGAGUACCGAAGAGCCGAAAAAGGAAGGUGAAUAGACGUAGGUAAGGGUGAGGACACUUCUCCAACGUCUCAGGGUUCUGUUCGAUCCCAGCAGCGAUAAAAUUUAGUGGGAGAUGAAGAUGACAAGGAAUUGUUGGAUAAGAGACAUCGACUCUCCGCUGGAAGGGGUCUCCAGGAGAUAAUGAGGAGGGGGCGGGGACUCUAGAGAGACGAGCGAUACCCAAAAGACAAAAAAAUAAUUAUUCGAUUCAUAAAGUAUUUUUAUUAAAAAAAAAAAGUAGUGAAAUAAUCAUUGACGUGAUCGCAAUCAAUUAACCCAGAAAAAUCCUGAGAUAUUGACGUAAAUUCGUUAAAAUAUUCGAGAUGAGUUAAUGACUGAUGCUUGCCAAAAAAUUCUCGCUAAACUAGGCAACUAAGGCAUCAUAGAAAAUACCAGCUGAAUAUUUUUGGAUUUGAGCUAGAAAAGACUUAGACAUAUGUAUGAAAUAACUUGUCUAUUAAACAGGUGAUGGUUCAUCGUAUUUCUGGGAGUUUAACAAUCUCUGAGGAUAUCUUGUGCCCAACGAUUUGCGAAGGAAAAUAAAUUUUCAUCGGGAAAACGCGGUGAGCGGAAUAUUUGGGCUGCGAGUAAUAGUCUCAGUGCGUUAUUUCAUGAGCGAAAAAUACCGAGGGGUGGAAUGCCCCAGAUGUCUCGGUCACGCUUCGAUGACUCCUCGGAAUACCGUCAAUCAUGUGCAUCGAGGAUAAUUAUUUAUCGACCUGGUCUGACGUCAGAGGUGCGUGCGAGAGGUCCACAAAUUGUUCUUAUCACUUUGCAAAUAUGAAGACCGUAAUUUUGACGUCACCUGAUGGAGAAUAAGUUUAGCUAUCUCUCCCAGCUGAUUUGGGGAAAUUAAUGAUGCGGUUGCGAAUAACUCAAUUGGAUGAUCCUCAGGGUUAAAUGAGCCUGAAGGUCGUCGAGAGGUGAUAGUAAAAUAGUUGCCUCCAGCCCUCUGUCCUUUGCAAGGUAUUUUCAAUAAAAAAACUGCCCUCCAAUGUCCGCUCAUCGCAAAAAAAAAUCACUUCAAGAGGAAAAUCUCCCAUGACCAUUGAAACCCACACGUGCAUGAACUAUGACGUCAUGAACACUCUCCGUGACGUAGUUGACCCCGUCCCAAUGAUUCAAGACCCUCAUGAAGGCUAGAAAUAGCAGAUCAGGGGGAGGAAUGUCAUAGCGACAAAUACGAAAAAAACGUCGAGUCACAAUUCCAUCGGAAAACUGACAGAAACGCGUACGACAGAAAAAAAAAAAAAUCAUCGAACCAAUUAUGGAUGAAUGGACAGUUGGCUCGUUGGUCUGGGCACACAGAAUGUCCUCAGGGUCACUGGCAAACAGAGUUUACAAUGGAUAUUAACGUCCCAACGAGUGACGCACCCAUUCGUAUGUGAGGGGUUUAUUAAUAGUCCCUCUCUGUUUAAUAUUAUAACG